CCCGCUUUUCCACUUAUUGUUCAUUCAAAAACCGACCGUGGCUGGUUUGGCUUUGGCGCGUAUUGUGUCACUGUCGAGCGUAUCGUGCACACUCACAUCGUUGCCGUCGUAGUCGUCGUCGUCGUUUACCUUUAAUAGUACUACACAAAAAUUAACGCAAAUCGCAGUUGCAGUGGUACCUGAAAAAACAUGAUGUGCCGUUAUACUUUAUUGCUAUCCGCCGGAGUUUUAGUGAUUCUGUUGGCAAACCACGGUGAAAAAUGUUUUGUCGAGGGCUUACCGAUAUCCGAAACUUACGAUAUUCCACAGGACAUUGAUUUCAAAAAUAGCGCUUCUCGGGCUAUUGAUCAGGAUGUUCAAGAGUUGGAGAAAUUGAAAGCUCCGACGGGACCACUGUCAGAAUCAAUUUCAAUGAUGAAAACACAUGAAUCUUCCUACACAAAUGACAAUGGCAAAGAAAAAACUGAUGCUAAAAUAAAACAACAAUUGAACAAAAACGGCGAGCUGAUGGCUAAACUGGAACAACAAAUUUCGUCGAAAAACGACCACGAGGCUGGAGGUCGGCCGGAUACGAAGGUACAGUUGUCGGUGGAUAUACCGAGCAAGGGCGUACACAAACAGACUGUUUACUCAUCAGACGGAGAACCCCCGAGGAAACGAGACAGCAAAUACAGAGAAUACGACAAAAAAAACUACGACUCGCAGUUUCCUCCUCCAGUGUCGUCGUACUUCAACGUAGAAGCAACACCCGAGGAUAUGGCGGAAUACAUUUUCUUCACAAAGGACUUCAAGUCGGUGACGCAAGCAAUAGAGAAACUCAUCCAGGACGGGAGGUUGGAUCGCGAAUCGGCGUUGGCCUACUUGGACAAGAUCGACAGGGAAUUGUAUCGAUUAGACGCCCGUUACUCCGAACAGGCCGUAGAAAUGUCAAACAAAGACAUCGAAAACCCAAUAAAAUUCCAAAAGAACUAUGAAUCCGAUUUCAAUGACAUUGAUGGAACGUUGACAGAACUUAAAGAAAUGCAACAAAUACUCAGAGAUAAAUAUACCAAAAAAAGCUUAGACUUGGAUGAUGAAGAUUACAACUCGAAACGAAUUCGAAGAAUCUUGGAAGCCAAACUCCGCAUGUCUGAUUCACAGUAUAAUCGACUUUUAGAAACGCUAACAGCUUCAUCAGACUAUACGUAUGCCCAGACGAUGAUGGACGAAAUCAUUUAUCAACUAGCUAAGCUUAUGUUCAACCAAGGACUUUUCAUCGGUGGGUCGGAAGCUCAAGAAUCUUUGCAAAAAUUCACAGAUUUCUUGGAAACCGAAGCAAGCCGAGGAAGGAUCUCCAGGGCCCUCGAAAAAAAGAUAUUGGAUUUACUAAUAACAUCCCUUUCAGAUACAUUGACCGAACACCCGGAAUUGAUGGCUGCCGCCAAAGAAGGUUUUAGCAAAUACCUAGAUGCCUAUCCCAAUUCAGAAUCGAACGUUAUCCAUCAGAUGAAAAACGACAAUAUUUCUACAAAGACGAGAAGAGACACAACUCCGGCGAAAGUUCAGCCACACGAUAACUUAAAAACAGCCGUGGUGAAACGCUCCGUAAAGACAUCCGGUAUCGAGGACAACCCGGGCGGUAGUGUAGCGGCGAAAAAUUAAAAAAAAUUAUAUACAUAUUAUUAUAUUAUUAAUCUCGACGUCGUAGACUAUUAAUUCAAAAAAAAAAUCUCUCUCCAUCCAAAAAAAAAAAAGUAGUCUCAUAUUCAUUACAUUUAUAUUCUAUUAUUUAAUAUAAUAUUAUACAUAUGAAUGUAUGUAUGUGUGUGUGUGUGUGUGUGUGUGUGGUGUGUGUGUGUGUGUGUGUGUGUGUGUGUCCGAAUGUGACGUUCCCGUCCACCACUCUCAACCUAUACCUCCUCGUCAAACUAUAUAUAUUCUAUAUUUCUAUAUAUUAUAAUAUUGUUGGCCCCAUCGAUUUCGUUGUAUCGUAGGUAAAAUUAAAUUUGAAAAUAUAUUAUACUUACAGACGAUUCUAUAAAAUAUAUAUUAAAACAUGAUAUAUCUAUUUUUUACGUGUAACGAGCGAUGAUAUCUUGUCGAAUGUGUGCAGUGCUAUAUACAUUUUGUGAUUUGUGAUAAUUUAAUUAUAUUACUAUUUACAUAAUAUUAUAUUAUAUCAUUUAUAUAGUGUUUAUCAUAUUUAACUAAUUAUUAGACUAUAUAUUACGUUUCGUCGCGGUACAUACCCAUUUUCAGUACACAGAAUCCAACACGUUUCGAAAAAUACUUUUUUCCUCGAGACCGUUUUAUUGUUUAAAAACAAAGUUAUUCAACAGCGGCUUUCGAUAAUUGCUAAUUGUUAUCAUAAUAUAAUUAAUAUUGCAUAUUUUCAAUAAUAUUCCUUCCUCUUAACAUUCUAACUACCAUUAUUGUAUUUAUCGCGGCGAACAUAAUGUAUAGCACCGUACGCCCUUAAUCCUUAUAUUUAUAUUUAUAUUUAUAUAGACAAUUGAAUAUGUAUGGUUAUAUUUAGCACAUAAUUUAGUACAUAAAACUAGCAAAUAUAUAUUCAUGAAAAUUAUUCAUAUAAUAUUAAAUAUUAUGUUAGCUCUUUACAAUAUUAUAUAUAUAUCUAUUAAAGGCGUCCGAAAAAGAAAAGGAACUCAAAUUUACCUAAAUAUCAAUUAUUGUACAACGAUAUUCACGUUUAAGUUAACUGUCAAGGUCCAAUUUUGAUCUUAUUAUUUAAAGAAGUAUAUAUUAUAUAUUAUACAAUAAUAUACGCAUCAUACACCUAUAUAUCGAUUUUCUGUAAAUUAAUUAUAAUUAUAUAAUAAUAUAUUAAAUUAUAAUUCA